AUGAAGCGGCUUUAUUUCUCNGCUGGUCAAGAUCACAUCCUAGCUCAACUACGAGAGAAGUUUUGGAUACCAAAGGGAAGAUCAGUGGUCCGCAAAGUGGUACGUGCGUGCUUAGCAUGUAAGAAGUACAACGCCGUACGAAUGGAGCAGAUGAUGGCAUCUCUACCUACCUUCCGUAUGACUGCGUUUGAGCCAUGUUUCACACACACGGGUGUGGAUUAUUUUGGCCCGCUCAACGUAAAGAGGGGAAGAUCCCAAGUAAAGAGAUGGGGAGCUAUAUUCACGUGCUUAAACUCCAGGGCGGUUCACCUUGAAUUGGCCAGUUCUUUGGAAACUGACUGUUUCAUCAAUCUUCUCAGACGGUUCAUUAAUAGAAGAGGACCCCCAAAGUAUAUUUACAGCGAUAACGGCACAAAUUUUGUCGGGGCCGAAAAAGAGCUUAAGACAGCCAUACAGAAUUGGAACCAAGCGCAAAUUGACAAGCAACUUCUUCAGAAAGGGACGCAAUGGGUAUUCCAGCCUCCAAAGGCUUCACAUGCAAGUGGGGUAUGGGAACGGCUAAUACGCAGUACCCGCAAGGCCUUGAAAGCUAUACUCAAAGAAAGCUUGGUAGAUGAAGAAGUAGCAACAACAGUACUCACCGAAGUGGAAGCCAUACUCAACUCGAGACCCCUGUGA